AUGGAUCUGGAGCUUGCUCAGCGAGCGAUAAUCCGAGGCAUCAGAUACAACGACGGCUUUGCAAGAGAGCUUCACGGCACGGACUCGCGCUUUACCCGCGCUCUGAAUGCUCAAGCCAUCAUGAACAAUCGCAUACCGGACAUGCUUGACCAUGACGAGUUUCCUUACUGCAUCUGGCAUCCAAGCGCGCCCAGCCAAGACACUUGCCGAGCGCUCUUACAACGAUACCCGCAAAUGAUUUACCAGAUUGGCCGUGUCUGCGCGGUAGCUGGCUAUACUGACCUCUACCACUCACUUGCCCUUCUCCCAGAAGCUCAUAUCGCUGAAGAAGCACGCGAUAACAAUAAUCCGGACAUCUAUAACGCAAUCACUUCCCAGCCGGUAAAGUACACUGUCUUCAACGACUACACGCGAACCUACACACCAUGCUCUCCACGCCCUUCUCUUAUCAAUGGAGACACGUGUGUACGCUCCAUGCUUGAGGUCAAGCAGCGAUACACCACGCCCUGGUCCGUUAAAUCCAACACGUCAUCUUGGUACCGACGUGAUGGCUUCAGAGAGCGCUAUCUCGAUAUCACAGAAGACAUGUCCAUCGACACUUACAGCGUCAGCGCCUCAAAGACCAAUCAGUCCGUUGUGGUCCCCCUGCUGUACAAUCCGCUCCCUGCCGAUCUACCCACAGUGCAAAAAGACCUCCUAAUCCUCAUGGCCGCUGUACAAGGCAACAUCGAUCGGUACGCGCGCCUGCGUCGACCAGUCCUUAUACAGCAAGAAGGCCCCUGCCUUGUCCGCGGCAUCUACCACCACCCUCUUUUCGCAAAGUGGGUGGCGCAGCAGCUCGACGCUGGUGACUCGCGCUUCGACACGCUGCGGGUGAAGAAAGCGCUUCAUGCACGAUUCGUCAUGAGCAACAAUCUCGAGCGCAUUACUGUAGAUACGAAAGGAUAUGAGCUGCCGUACUUGAUAUGGUAUCCGCAGUUCGCGGUGCCGGAGACGUACGUCGAACUCGCGAGGAGGCGGCCGGAUAUGCGUGUACAAGCUGCGCGUGCUUGCGUUGUGGCAGACUACUCGGAUGCGUAUUGCGAGAUUGGGGCGCCAUGGGAUAGGGCGCUUGCAAGGGAGGCAGAUGGGAGUCCCAACCCUUUCUAUGCGGAGGAUAUGAGGAAGAAAGCUGAGGCUGCGGGUGUAACCUACGAAGGCUACGACCACAGGGGAGACGAAGAAGGGUUUGUCGAGCCCUGGAAAUUCUUCACCGUCAAGAAGAAUAAUACGUGGCAACAUCUGCAUACAAGCUCCCAUGUGCUGGGUACGAUCGAUUGUAGUUCAAUCGAGAACGAUGUAGGUUAUUAUGGUCUAUAUGACGGAGAGCAGGUUGAAGUGCGCGAUAUCGAAGCUACAGUUUUCGCAAGCGAGGAGGCUAGAAUGAAGGAGAGGGAGGUGUUGGAGGAACUAGAGAGACAAUAUCCGGUGCACAUGGGGGACCCGUGGGUGAGUUGA